AUGGAACCCCCAUACCCCCUACAUCCCUCCGUUGCCGCGCGCGUCCACCCCGAAUACGCCGCUUUCUACAACAAAUACAUCAUCGACAAACAGCAAGUCCACCUGCAGCCCGUGUCUGCAUCGCGUGUCGGCGGCGUGAUCAUCCCCGGUGGCGGCGCGAUUCUACCUGUCGGCAAAACCGAGGAUUUCAGUAUUGAUCGUGUUGCCUCAAAAGGGGACGACGCGGUAAAAGUGCGCGUGUUCACGCCCGAGGGAACGGCGCCAGAAGCCGGAUGGAGUGUGUUUUUGUAUUUCCAUGGCGGUGGAUGGGUUUUGGGGAAUAUCGAUACGGAGAAUACCGUGUGCUCGAACGUGUGUAAACGUGCGGGUGUGGUUGUUGUCUCUGUUGACUAUCGGCUCGCCCCCGAAAACCCAUUCCCUGCGGCAGUCCACGACUGCUGGGAAGCCCUGCUCUGGCUACACUUGCCCUCGACAAUUGCCAACCUGCGCAUCAACACGCAGAGCCUGUCCACCGGUGGAUCGUCCGCUGGCGGAAAUCUAGCAGCCGUGCUCACUCACAAAGUGCUGCUGGAAUGCCCCGAAAAGAUCAAAUUCACAAAACAAAUCCUCAUCGUGCCUGUCACCGACAACACCGCAACCACCGAAACAAGCUGGUCAUGGAAGGAAUUCGAGCAUACGCCCGCCUUGCCCGCGCCAAAGAUGAUGUGGUAUCGGAACCAUUAUUUGCCAGAAAGUAAAGAAUGGGCCAAUCCAGAGGCGUCGCCGCUGUUGUAUCCCAAUCAAGACGGACACUGGGCAAAGUUGCCGCCUGCAGUGGUCGUUGUUGGCGGGUUGGAUGUGUUGCGCGGAGAAGGGGAGGCGUAUGCAGCGAAACUGGAAGAAAAUGGAGUUGAGGCUACGGUGCAUGUGAUGCAGGGCAUGCCGCAUCCGUUUUUGGCUAUGGAUGGCGUGUUGCAGGCGGGAAGGGAUGCUAUUACGCAUAUGGUGGAGGGGGUGAGAAGUACUCUGUAG